AUGAAUUUUGAUCAACAUCAGACGUUUUUCUUAUGUGCCAUCUCAAAAUGUAAUAAUAAAUCAUGUGUUUUGUGCCAUUGUUGUCAACAAAAUUAUUGUCUUCAACACUUAAUUGAACACAAUGAUGCAAGCUAUCAUAAAUUAAAUUCUCUGACUGAUGAAAUCAAUAAACUUGAUCAUCAAAUUAAAACAUUAAAUAUUCAGCUGUUAGUUGAAAAUUGUCAUCAAAAAUUGAAACAUUGGCGUAUGGAAUCUCAUCGUAAAAUCGAUCAAUUUUUUCAACGAAAAUUUCAUGAACUUCAUCGAUUUAUAGAUGAAAAAUUCGAUCAUCAACGAGUAGAAAUACAUCAUUUACAAUCGAAAAUGACUGAACUUAGUCGUAAACAAGAAAUAAAUGAUGAAGAAUUCUAUUCCUUAAGACCGAUUAUCGAUAAUCUUCGAAUAGAAAUAAACAAUUUCAAACAAAUAUACAAUCAGAUGAAUACUCAUCCACUACGAAUAGAUGACAAUUUAAUUGAUAUCGACAAUCCAAAUGUGUAUAAAUUUAAUCUGUCGAGUCUAUCGACUAUUUAUAAAACAAUGAAUCAUCCUCAUGGAAGUUAUGGAACAUUAACUAGCAAUGAUAAAUUCAUAUUGAUAUAUAUAGCACCGAACUUAAUUUUGAUUGAUAAACAAUUAAAUAUAGUUAAACAAAUUCUAUGGCCUUAUCAAACAAUAUCGAAUAUGUGUUGGUCAUCAACAUUAGAUCGAUUUCUUAUAAUCGAAAAAAGUAAAAUCUAUCUUGUCGAUGAUCAGAUAAUGUCUAUUAAAAAUUUACGAAUGACUGAAAAACGAAUAUGGUUCUCCUGUACAUGUUCUGAUACAUCUCUUUUUUUAUCGCUAGAUGAGAUAAGUUCAUCAAUCAUAGAAUUUAAUCUUUUACCUUCGAUCAAAUUAGUCAACGAAUGGAAAUCUCCGUAUACAUGUAAAAAUGAUGAAUACAUCGAUAAUAUUGUUUAUAAUAACUCCAAACUUGCUUUGAUGAUUACGAAUAGAUUUGAGAAGUCUGCACGCAUGGAAUUAAGAUCAUCUAAGACACUUGAACGUAUCUGGUCACUUCAACUUGAUACUGUAUGUUAUCAAAACAAAGUAUUUCGUUGUUGUUCAAUCAAUUUUAAUGAAUGGUUAGUAGCUGAUUAUCAAAACAGACGUUUAUUACAUAUUACGAAAGAUGGAAAUUUGAAGACAAUAAUUAUAUACGAUUCGAUUCCUUGUCAUGUUGNCUUAAUUUGCAAAGAAUAA